CAUCAGUCGAUUUUCAUCUGCCGAAUCGGUUGCGCUGCGGCUGCGCUGAGAACAAGAUACAAAACUCGUGCGCGGCGCUUCAAGUAACCAACUCAUAAGCAGACAAAUCAAAUAAUUAACUUGUCGAAAAAAUAAAACAUAAACAGAAUUUCUCAAUUCUAAUCCAAAAAAAAAAAAGAAAUUACAAACACAAACUGCAUAUUUUUUUCAAGUUUUUUUAACCACGAAUCAUUGGAAUCAUUUUUGGAAUACCUACUAAGCUUUAAAGCCAAAGAAGUGUGAAAAAUAUUAAGUGAACCAAAAACAAAAAGUGCUAUCUGAAUUAAGUUAUCUGACAAAAAAAAUUGAAAAACAUACAUAUAUACUAAACAUAAAACACACAACACCAAAAAGCUACCAAAAAUCGUUUUUAAAAAGGAAGCAAUCCCUAAAUAGUGCGAAAUCCAAAGUUGGAAUGCCGUCGCAACUUUUGAACACAAUUUCACAACUAAAUAUCCACUAAGCUCAGUUGACUAGCCUUUGGAAAAAUGCUCGCCGCACAGCAGCAGCAGCACAAUAACAACAGCACAGCGGAAUCCGAAAUGGAGCGCCAGCGGCGGGACUCCACCACAUCGGAGUCCUCCCUGGAGCAUCUGGAUCUGGGACGUACGCCCAAGAAACUGGGCGGCAACAGUGGCUCCGCGCAGACCACAUCCACGCCACAUGAGUCGACGACGGUGGCGUCGUCGCGCAAGCGUAAACUUCGCCAUUUGCAAAUGAAUCACCAUCAGCAGCAGCACUCGGAAUUGCUGAGUGAUGAGGAGGAGGCGGCGGCAGAUGAGGAGGACGAGGAGUUGGAGGAGGACGACGACCAGGUGGCCGCCUUGGGUUCAAGAAGUCUGGGACGGCACAAGCAGCGCCGCAGUGGUGGCGCCUCUACCCAGGCCUCCAUUGUGGUGGACUACAGCAGUGGCGAUGCCAGUUCGCUGCGCAAGAAAUUCCGUCUGAAUCGCUCGGCGGCCAGUCUCUCGGAGUCGGGAUUCGUGGACGCCAGCAGCACCACUGGCCACAGUGGCUAUUUGGGUAACAGCAGCAGCACUGCCAACACAACUGCCAGCAGUGGUAUUGGUGCUGGCGCUGGCGCUGGCGCAGUGGCUCCAUCUCCAGUCGGCGGAGCAGCGACCACGGCAGCCUCCAGCAGCAGUAGUGGCAGCAGCAGUGGCGGAUCCGGUGGCUCCUCGCCCCAGGGCUUGUGCCUCUCCAGCGGCGAAUCGGGCAUCGGUGCUGGCGACGAGCAUAUGAAAUACCUAUGCCCCAUCUGCGAGGUGGUCUCGGCCACGCCACACGAGUUCACCAACCACAUCCGGUGCCACAAUUACGCCAACGGCGAUACGGAUAACUUCAUCUGCCGCAUUUGCUCCAAGGUGCUAUCCUCGGCUUCAUCCCUGGACAGACACGUGCUGGUGCACACGGGCGAGCGGCCCUUCAACUGCCGCUACUGCCACCUGACGUUCACCACCAAUGGCAACAUGCACCGCCACAUGCGCACCCACAAGCAGCAUCAGGUUGCGCCGUCGCAGCAGCAGCAGCAGUCGCAGCAGCAACAGUCACAGCAGCAGCGGCGACAGCAGCAGCAUCAGCAGUCGCAGCAGCAGCAGCUGCAGCAGCAGAGUCCCGCCCAGCAGCAACUGGUGGCCACCACGUUGUCCGGACGAGCGGAGAGCUACGAGAGCGAUGCCAGCUGCUCCACGGACGCGUCCAGUGGACAUAGUCACAGUCGCAGCAGCAGUUCCCUCAACCACAACAACAACAACAACAACAACUCGCACAAAGCUAACAACAACCUGAAGGACCUGGAGGAGCUGGAGAUGCCGGCUGAGGACCAGGAUUCGGAGAGCAAGCAGCGUCGUCUGAAGACCACCAUCAAUAACAACAUCAUCGACAGCGAGCAGCAGGAGGAUAUGGGGCAGGAGGAUGAGGAGGCCGACGAUGCGGAUGUGGCCAUGUUGACCAGCACACCCGAUGUCGCCACUCUUCUGGCCGGCGCCAGUGCAUCCGGCGCCGCCUCGCGUUCCGCCACACCAUCGCCAUCGCCAUCCGCCUCGCCUGCCCUGCUCCUCAGCUGCCCCGCCUGCGGAGCCUCCGAAUUCGAGACCUUGCCCGCGCUGUGCGCCCACUUGGAUGCGAGGCACUCAGACAUACCCGCCAAGUGUCGGGACUGCGAGGUGAUCUUCGCCAGCCAUCGCCAACUGCAGGCGCACUGCUGCCGCUUACCCACCGCUCUGGGCGGUGGCUUACCGCCGCUCCUCGGAUCCAGCAGCUCGCCAUUGCACAACGAGGAGCCAGAGGAUGACGGCCAGGGCGACGACGAGGAUCUCGACCAGAAGGAGAGAAUCGAGCGACAAAGCGAGGACUUUUUCCACCAGUUGUAUCUGAAGCAGAAGACGGCAAAUGGAGGCGGAGCCAUCUCGCAUCCGCCAUCGCCCAUCAAACACGAACCGGCGGACAGCAAGGAUCUGGCCGAUAUACAGAGCAUCCUGAACAUGACCAGCUCCAGUUCCAGCUUUCUGCGCAACUUCGAGCAGUCGGUGAACACGCCCAGCUCCAGCCAGUACAGCCUGGACGGUAGGGAUCAGGAGGAGGAGGCCCAGGACGCGUUCACCUCGGAGUUCCGUCGCAUGAAGCUGCGCGGCGAGUUCCCCUGCAAGCUUUGCACGGCCGUGUUCCCCAACCUUCGUGCCCUCAAAGGGCACAACAGGGUCCAUCUGGGCGCAGUGGGUCCCGCUGGACCGUUUCGCUGCAACAUGUGUCCCUACGCCGUCUGCGACAAGGCCGCCCUGGUGCGUCACAUGCGCACCCACAACGGAGAUCGUCCGUAUGAGUGCGCCGUCUGCAACUAUGCCUUCACUACUAAGGCGAACUGCGAGCGCCAUCUGAGGAACCGCCAUGGAAAGACCAGUCGCGAGGAGGUCAAGCGUGCCAUUGUCUAUCAUCCGGCGGAGGACGCUGGCUGUGAGGAUGGCAAGUCUCGGCUGGGUGAUGACCUGGCGGAUAUGAGUUUCCGUUCGAUCAGUCCCACGCCACCGCCGCCUCCGGUGAAUGAGAGCAGCUCCCAGCUGAAGCACAUGCUGCUCGGCGAGAAUCACCUGGCUCCUGCUACCCAACAGCCGCCUCUGAAGAUCCAGGUGAAGAGCCUCGACCAGCUGGUGGACAAGAAGCCAACAGCACCAGCUCCCCAGCAGCAGCAGGAGAAGAGUGCAGCUGCCCUAGACUUCAGCAUGGAUGUUUUGGAUCUCAGCAAGAAGCCAACUGGCGGAGCACCACUGACACCCGCCGUCACUCCCACACCCACGCCCACACCCACUGCGGUGGCUCCAGUGGCGCCGGGCGGCGUUGGAACUCCUGACCUGGCCCUGACCCCCAUUGAGCAGCAACAGUUGCUGCUGGCCCAGCAGCAACUCUUUGGCGCUGGCGGAGAUUACAUGCAACAGCUGUUCCGCAGCCUUAUGUUCCAAUCGCAGACGCCGGGAUUCCACUUCUUUCCCUUCAUGGCGCCACCACCGCCACAAGCAAAUCCCGAGAAGCCACCGCUGGUGAGUCCACCCAACCGCCUCAAUCCCAUGCCCGUGGGCGUUGGAGUCGGCGUGCCAGUGCCACCUGGUGGUCCCGUCAAGAUGGUCAUCAAGAACGGAGUGCUAAUGCCCAAACAGAAGCAGCGACGCUAUCGCACCGAGCGUCCCUUCGCCUGUGAGCACUGCUCGGCGAGAUUCACGCUGCGAUCGAACAUGGAGCGCCAUGUGAAGCAGCAGCAUCCGCAGUUCUACGCCCAACGGCAGAGGAGUGGCCACCAUGUGAUGCGGGGCAGAGGUGCCUCCAGUGCCGCCGCUGCUGUCGCCGCCGCAGCAGCUGCAGCUGCCAUGGGUCAGGUGCCGGUUGGUGGACCGCGAUCCGCCGGAUCUGGCUCCAAUCACCAUCAUGGCCACGGCCACGGCUCCCAUGGACAUGCACCCAUUUCGGAGGAAGUCAAGUACGCCAUCCUGGCCCAGCAACUGAAGGCUCACAAGAACAGCGAUCUGCUGCAGCAGGCUCUGGCCCACGGCUCCAGCAGUGUGUCCGGCAAUCCACUCCUGCAUUUCGGCUACCCACUCGCCAAUCCCAGUCCCCUGCACAAUGGCAGCCAGGGCAAUGGCCAGGCCACCGCCAUGGAUGACGAUGAGCCCAAGCUGGUCAUUGACGAGGAUGAAAACGAACAUGAUCAUGAGAUGGACGCGGAGGACGUGGAUGACUUCGAGGAGGAUGAAGACGAGGAGGAGAUGGAUGAGCCGGAUGAUGAGCCGGAGCUGAUUCUAGACGAGCAGCCGGCCGAAAAGGAAGCCGCAGAGGAGCCGGAGCUGCCCAAGCCGCUAGAGCUUUUGGGCUCCAAGGAAGCGGCCCAAAAAAUGGCCGAAACCAUUUUGGAGCAGGCCAUCAAGGCGGGCAAGCCAUCGAGUCCAACUCCCGCCAAGGAGAACGCUCCGCCAGCUAAUCCAAGCGUGGCCACAACCAUGCAGGAGCCAGCCACAACCAAUCCACCCAGUACCAAUCCCAGCAGCUUGAAGACCAUGAUCGCUCUAGCGGAAUCUGUGGGAAAAUCGCUCAAAGAAGUGGCAAGUUCGCCGUUUAAGGAUGAGUCCCAGGAUCUGGUGCCAGUGGCCAAGCUGGUGGACAAUGCCACCAGCCAGAACAUGGGCUUCAGCUAUUUCCGGCCCAGCGAUGUGGCCAAUCACAUGGAGCAGAGCGACGAGGAGGGCCUGGUGGCCUCCGGCAGCGCCAGUGAGAGCAACAACAGUGGCACCGAGGACGUCACCAGCAGCAGUUCCAGCAGCGAGCCCAAGAAGAAGUCCGCCUACAGCCUGGCCCCCAAUCGUGUCUCCUGUCCGUACUGCCAGCGCAUGUUCCCAUGGAGCAGCUCACUGCGCAGGCACAUCCUCACCCACACUGGCCAGAAGCCCUUCAAGUGCUCCCACUGCCCGCUGCUGUUCACCACCAAGAGCAACUGCGACCGUCAUCUCCUGCGCAAGCACGGCAAUGUGGAGUCGGCCAUGUCUGUGUAUGUGCCCACCGAGGAUGUGAGUGAACCGAUACCCGUGCCCAAAUCGGUGGAGGAGAUCGAGCUGGAGGAGCAGCGACGUCGGCAGGAGGCGGAACGCGAGAAGGAGCUGGAACUGGAGCGCGAAAGGGAGUUGGAACGGGAGCGGGAGCUGGAAAGGGAGCGGGAGCUGGAAAAGGAGAAGGAACGCGAGCGCCAGCAGCUCAUCCAAAAGCUGGCAGCUCAAAUGAAUGCCGCCGCCGCUGCUGCCGCCGUCGCUGUUGCCUCAGCGGCGAAUGGCAAUGCAACUGGUGCGAAUGGACCCAUUGGCGAUGCCCUGGCUGGCGGUGAUCUGCCCUACAAGUGCCACCUGUGCGAGGGUUCGUUUGCCGAGCGUCUGCAGUGCCUGGAGCACAUCAAGCAGGCUCACGCCCACGAGUUCGCCCUGCUCCUGGCCAAGGGCGCCAUCGAGAACGAAUCGCUGGAGCCUAAUCCCCACCAGCAGCCGUCUCAGCAGGCGGUGCACUCCGAUGACGAGGCACCCAAUGGCGCGAACAGAGGCAAGUAUCCGGACUACAGCAACCGCAAGGUGAUCUGCGCCUUCUGCGUCCGCCGCUUCUGGUCCACGGAGGAUCUGCGUCGCCACAUGCGUACCCAUUCGGGCGAGCGGCCAUUCCAGUGUGAUAUCUGCCUGAGGAAGUUCACCCUGAAGCACAGCAUGCUGCGGCACAUGAAGAAGCACAGUGGCAGGGCCCACAAUGGGGAUACGCCGGGAUCUGAUUGCUCCGACGACGAGCAGGUGAGCAGCCCGCCCAGCACCCCUGCUCCCGCUCAGCCUGCCAGCGCCGGCGCCAACAACAACAACAGCUGCCACAAUAACAAUAAUAACAACAACAACAAUAACAACAACAAUGGCAGCUCCAAGCUGGGACUGAAGCUCCACGAUCUGCUGGACAAGGCCAGCGAGUGGCGGGCCAGCCGCCUGGGCGAGCACAAGGAGAACAUGGGCGAGGCCACGCCAUCGGGCGCAGGCGUCGCCGGUUCGGAUCUGAUUGGCAAUCUGCUGGGCAUCAGUGACCAGGGCAUUCUCAACAAGCUGCUCUCCUCCCCCGACGAGGCGGCCAAACUUCUGGGUGUUGACAACAAGUGAACGACACAUGGAAGUGCAACUUGUGCGGCAACCUAGAGCCAUAAAUUCUGAAGUAGCAGCAGUCUAACACCGCGCCUUACAUAUACCAAAGCUUAAAUAGUUUUCAAUAAUGGUAGUCUAUUUAAAAAAAAAAACAAAAAAAAGAAGAAAAAAAAGCGAAACGAAAGUGAAAGUGAAAGUGAGAACCUGAUUAGAAUGUAAAGCAGGGGUGCACUUAACAGCUCGAUUAUUUGUUAUUUUAGGAGUCACAGGCUCAAGAUGUAAGUGAGGAAAAGGAGCUACAACUGGACACGCCUGUUUUGCAGAGUUUAUGACCACCAUUUUUGGGAGACCUCUUUUUUUUUUGCCAACCCCUAUGUUAAGCGGUCCAACCAACAAACCACAAGCUAAUCAAAAUCUUUGGAGACAAACACUAUUUUUUUUUAACAUUUUUUUUUCCUAGCUAUAUAACUAAAUAUACAUAUUUUACAAUUAGCCGUAAGUAGCUGCAAUGACGAAAACAAAGCAAAGACAAAAAAAAAACAGAUCACUGAAAAACAACGAACAUUUGAGCAUGACAAAAAGAAGACUUGACACAAACAACAAACAAAAAUACACACCUAAAAUAAUAAUAAAAUAAUAUAUAAUGUACAUUGAAAGAGGCCUUGAGAACCGCAGCGUGGCUUAAACCUAGUUAUAUAAUGCAGGAUGCAGACGAAAUUUUGCUGAUUGCAAGUAAGGAUAGUCAGGUAUUUGUAGGUUUAGGAUUAGGACACAUUUUUUUUAGGAUCUUAUUUAACGAAACUCAUUCAUUGCUGUAGCCUAUGAAAAAAAAAAACACACACAUAUUAAGCAUAUAGCUAUUUAAAUAUAUACGAAAAGCAUGAUGAUAUAAUUAAAUUAGUGGACUUCUUACAGCAAUAACCAAAGCAUUUCGCGUUUGUAGCGUUGUUUAAGCUAAACGAAAAUAAACGAAAUUACAUUUACCCAAUGCAUGCCUAUAUAUACAACAUAUUUAUAAAAAGCACACAACUAUAUUAUAAAAAAUAUAUGGUUCUAUUUAAUGUGGAUGCAGCAGCAGCAGCAGCAGCGGCAACAAACUACUGAACAAAUUAAACUAUGUACUUAGCGAUUAUGAAUGUACUUAAAACUGUAAAAGUGUACUUAAUUGUAAACUCAGAAAGACACACGCAACGAGAAUGGAUUACAAAUUGAAUUCUAAUAAAAUAACGAUGAAAGAACAAAUAA